AUGGAGAUUUGCAGUAAUCAUAUAGAUAAAAUAUUCGUUAAUCUAUCACAUUUAAUAUUAAAUAAAAUAAUAGGUUGUUUAGAUGAAAACAUUGACAGAAUAUGUUUUAGUUUAGUUUGUAAGAGAUGGUUCAACGAUAGAGAUAAAUAUUUAAUAUUCAACACUGAUAAUAUCAAUAUUAACUCUAAUAAUAAUAAUGAUAUUACUCAAAAUCAUAAACAAUUCAAGUUACCUUCAUAUAAUAACAUCUUUAAUAAAUCGAUUCAAUCAAAGACUGAUUGUUCACUUUUUAUUGGAGCAACCAGAUUUUUAUUUGGUGAAUACGAUUUUUAUUAUGAUAAAAAUACAGACUUGAAAAGUAUUCCAUCGUAUAUUUCAAUGAUCGGCUCAACAGAUGAAAGUACAGACCUAGAGUAUUUCUAUCAAAUACUAUUGGAAUCACAAUCAGUAACAACAUUGUGUGGAUGUCAUACACUGAGAUAUGGAUUACCGAAAACAAUCAAAAAACUCUCUUUCAGCUAUAGAUUCAAUGAAUUGCUUGUUAAAGGAUCACUCCCAUCAUCUUUAGAAGUUCUUAGUUUUCAUAGUUCUUUUAAGCAAGCGAUUCAAGCAGAUGUACUUCCAGAAGGUUUACUCGAAUUCAACUUGUACAGCAUCGAUUACCAAUCUGAUCUUCAACCAGGAGUGUUCCCAUCAUCUCUCAAGACCUUAAAUCUUUGUUAUUAUAAGAAUCCUAUUAAAGCUGGAGUACUUCCAGAGAAACUUGAAUGCUUGUAUUAUUCGGGUGAAUGUACACCAUUGGAAGAUGGAGUAUUGCCUAAAUCCUUAAAGAAACUUGUGAAUGUGCCAAUGACAUGGUUACAAGCAAUAUCAUCACUUCCAAAUCUUGAAAUCAUUCAUUUUUUUCAAUUUAAAAAAGGUAUAUCAACAUUCAAUCUCGACUUAUUACCAUCAUCUUUAAAGGUUCUCAAAUUCAAGCAAUUUAAGUUGAUAGGAGCAAUGCCGACAUCAAUCAAAUCACUAUGCAUUGUUGAAUGUGAAUUUCAGUUUGAAGAAAUAUUCCCAGAAACAUUACAAUAUCACUUUGAAUCGCUCCAAUAUUUAAGCGAUAAGAUUCUUUCGAUUCCGUCCAACGUAAAGAUCGAUAAGUUGAUAAUAGAAGGAUCCAUUGAUCAGGAAAAUUGUUCACUCUCACCUCCAUCUGGAAUCACUUCAAUCAGAUUAGAUAUGACAUUGGACCAAGGAGAUGGUUUUUUAAGAAUCGAUGGAAAUGAUCAAACAACUCUGAAAGAGCUACGACUUCCAUAUUUUGAUUUCCAACCACGUGCAUUCAUACCAAACACCAUUGAAGAGUUGGAUAUUGGUGACAAUUCACUUAUUUAUUGUUUAGAUUUGAUCAAAUCAAUCGAUUCAAUCAAAACACUUAUGCUUUCGAAAUUUCCAAAAAUUGAAAUCAUAUCACCAGAAUCUUUCAAAACAAUCAACAAUAUCAUCUAUACUGAAGAAAGCAAUAGUAAUAUUGUUAUUUACAGAAAGUUAGACGAUAAUUAUUAUUUAAUCUCAUUCGUGAUAGUAGCUGGAUUUGUAGAAGUUGUUGAAUCAUUAGUCUUUGUGGUUGUCGUUGUUGAAUUUGUUCUUGUUGUAUUUGUAGUUCCUGUUGUGUUUGUUGAAUCGUUGGUGGAGCUAGUUGAUUUAAUAAUGAUGAAAACAUUGACAGAAUAUGUUUUAGUUUGGUGUGCAAGAGAUGGUUCAAUGAUAGAGAUAAAUAUUUUAAUAAUUAAAUAA